AUGUUUAUUGUUUUCUACACACAUACCGGGCUCCACAUAGCUAAUGCAUUUUAUUUGUUCAUUGAUGUAUAUUAACUGUCCGAUUCCUGGUGGACACUGUAAAUAAACAUUGAAGGAGGAAGUGAAAGCUGAUAUUUGAGUGAAAAAGUGAUAACUAAGCUGACAUCUGCGGUGUGAGUAGGAGUUAACUAGUCAUUCCAGGUGCAGUCUGGAGGACGUGUGGAUGAGCGCAGGUGUGGACGUGGCCAGAAUAGAGAAUUUAAUGAAAAAUCCAUGCUUACGGGGUGAACAUGGCAGGCUUCCUAGAUAAUUUCCGUUGGCCAGAAUGUGAAUGUAUCGACUGGAGUGAGAGAAGAAAUGCCGUGGCUUCUGUGGUGGCGGGUGUCCUGUUUUUUACAGGUUGGUGGAUAAUGAUCGACGCAGCUGUUGUGUACCCUAAGCCGGAGCAGUUGAAUCAUGCCUUUCACACCUGCGGCGUGUUCUCCACACUGGCUUUCUUCAUGAUAAACGCCGUGUCCAAUGCCCAGGUGAGAGGCGACAGCUAUGAAAGCGGCUGUUUAGGAAGAACAGGUGCUCGAAUUUGGCUCUUCAUUGGUUUCAUGUUGAUGUUCGGGUCACUUAUUGCAUCCAUGUGGAUUCUUUUUGGUGCCUAUGUUACCCAAAAUACGGAUGUUUAUCCAGGACUAGCUGUGUUUUUUCAAAAUGCACUUAUAUUUUUUAGCACUCUGAUCUACAAAUUUGGAAGAACUGAAGAGCUGUGGACCUGAGAGCACUUCUUAGACCAGAUUUCCUUUCGUUUUGUUCUAUUUGUAGAUAAGUUUUUCCUCUCUCAGCAUAAUUUACACAUUGCCAAAUGGGGUAGAUUGUACAUUACAUGUCGUGUUUCUUUACACUUUUACGCUCUGAGUUUUGAAAUAGUUUUAUGAAAUUUCUGUCCUUUUUUUAAAAUCACUGAAUAGAUUGUUAAUAUGUACAUAAUGUAAAACUAUACCCCUGGGGUGGUGAGUAUCGGUUUUUUUUUUUUAUUCCUGAAGACUUACAGCUUGACCUGUUCCCUGAGCCAUUGUUGUUUCUUCAUGUCAUUUUAGAGUCAGCUGUUCCGCUUUAGUAUCUUUAAUUUCUGAAGAUGUGCACAAACUACAGCUUCACGUAUCUGAAAUAAGCACUGAGCCAUUCGAAAGGGUGUUUCAGCAAGUUGUAAUUUAUUUUGGCUUAAAAAUGAGAUUUUUUUAAAGGAAAAACGUUUGUUCUUUAUUAAAGAAGUGGACUUUUAUAUGACGAUUUUUUAAACGCCUGAAGGACUAGUUUGAAAGCCUCUUUUAAAAAACAAUUCCUCUAACGUGACUUUAUUCGAGAAAGGCUAAUAAAAACGCGAUCAGAUGAGCUCAGUUUCACAUGGCUGAUGCGAAAGGGCCGAAAGGCAGCCCAGCAACGUGCUUCUUGUAAAAGCAACUCCAACGGCCUGACGGGUUCCUCGCCUGGCAGGCUUUUACUAUCUGACGUCACAAAACAGCCUCAAGCCGGUGUGGCCCAACCGCUGUUUAGAAGCAUGAACCAUAUACCCAAAACUGCGACCAUUAGUCUCAAGAUAAAGCACUUCUUCCCAAAGGGAAUGAUGAUGACCUAGUGAAAAAUUAGACGUUUCCUCCACUUAGUUACCCACCUCAAGGGUCUCUUUGCGCUAGCGCUCAACUCUCCCUGCAAAAUGUAUCUUUAACCUCAAAGCCCACGUUCCAGUUGAAAUCCCCUCCUGCUGAGUUUGAAACUGCAGACUCGGAAACCCUGCUUUUGCACCGCGGGUAUUCCUAAGAGAGGUGUCCAAGGGGUAGCUGGGUCUUAAUUGCUAUUUUUGCUUUUCUUUGUUAUACAGGCUUUGUGUUGCACUUUUUUUUUUCCUCCAGAGGGAUUUUUAUAGCACCUUUGGUUGUAAGACAGAGUAAUAGUAAUGGUGUUAAUAUCAGCUCCUAACGUAAGCCUUACCUUGUUUAACCUCUGUCCUCUCGGAGAGGACUGACCUGCGCACAGAGUAUGAAGCGGUCGUGGAACGCUGUGCUUUCGUGUAGACACCUUCUUGUUAAGCACUUCCUCCUUUGUUGUGGUUUGCCCCCACGAUGUCAGUAAAGUUUGUCUUGCUUCCAACAGA